AUGAAGUUCAAGGCGACGGUGCGGGACCAACGCACGCUCGCCGGCGUGUGCCAGGCGUGCCGCAGCAUCCAGCAGCGCUGCGUCGUGAAGCUGCACCCCGCCCGCGUGCGCUUCUUCACCAUGGCGCAGGCGACCGACGGCAUGCAGGUGUGGGCCGGCUGCCGCACGGAGUCCGUCUUCAGCGACUUCCAGUCCCAAUCGCGCAACGCCGACAACGCCAUCUACUGCGAGGUCGCCGAUCUCGCGCGACUCGUCCACAUCCUGCGCCAGGCCGAGCGCUGCCCGCACGUCGGCGUCAAACUCACCAGCAACGCGGCGCGACGCCCGGCGCUGCGUGUGUCGCUGCAGGGCGUCCUGCCGCAUCUUGACAUUAGCCACGACGUGCCGGUGCGGGUGCUUAGCGAGGCGGAGGUGCUGAGCAUCAGCGCGCCGCCGCUCACGAGCGAGGUACUGCAGCUCGCGCUGCCGAGCCUGACGGAGCUAACGCUCUUCGUCGACAAGGUGCGCGGCACGUCGUGUGAGCGCAUGACAUUCACCGCCCAGGGAAACGCGCGGCCGCCCCGCAGCACCGCUGCUGAUGGUGGUGGUGGUGCGACGUGCAGCCUCGUGAUCGAGGCGGAGUGUUUCCUCGGCAGCUUUGCGCUCAAGUACAACGCCGUGCCGCUGUGCGAGCGUGACGAUGAUGAUGAGGAGGAGGAGGAGGAAGAGGCGGAGGAAGGGGGUGAUGAAAAGGCAGACGGAGCGGUGAAGAACAGAGACAGAAAGAGGCGCAGGCGAGAGAAGGACGACGCCGGUAUGCUGCACGCGACGGUGGAGGUGGAGGUGCGGCGGUUCGCGCGGUUCCUCGCCAUCAAGGAGGUGACGCCGCUGCAGGUCAUGCUGCACUUAGUGGACGGCAAGGCGGUCGUGCUCAGCGUGGCGGCGGCGGGUGGCACGACGCUCGUCGGCUACAUGCCCGCGCUGCUGCACUGA